AUGAUCUUGCCUUGGCCCUUGGCUUUUCUCAUUAACAAGCGGGCCUGGUCUUCUGUGUUGAUUCGGACCCAUUGGCAUUCAUCUUUUCAUCAACACCGUCACAGACGACCUGAGGGGCCACUUCCUGGUUGGCCUCCGGCAGAUGCAGAAGUUUGGAGGCCUCAACGUCCUGCUAGUGCCGAUGCAGAUGCGGACGCUCAAGCAAUUCCGCCGUUAACAGCGGAGUCCCUCGACAAGUUGGCGAGGAUAGUGCGCUCGUGGGGUCCCUCAUUGCUUGCGCAAGAGCCACCCCCAACAACGGUUGGUGCAGACAUCACUUUCGUGCUCACUACGCUGGACAGAUGGAGUUUUUCGUGGCGCCAAGCUAUGGGCAUGCUGAAUCUUCCUGGUGGCGUGUCACGGUUUCGUCACACAUCACACAAAGUUCUCGACUGCAUACGCUUGAGUUCUCAUCUAACUGGAGGGCCGAGUUCCUUGGUGGAUGUAGUGGCACAGUCGUUGGCCUCUGUCCUGCCAGAGUUUCUGCGUGAGGCCUUCAUAAAAAAUGUCACGAAGCCCAGCAGUAGCAGGAGACUGCUCCCCAGCGCCAGUCUCAUUCGACGUUACGAACUUGCGUUUGAUGUUGCACUCAUGCUGCUGAGUCGGAAGCGGGCCUCUUCUGUGUCGUCGUGCGUUCGCGUUGGUUGGAGCGAUUCUUCACCCCUGGCCGGGUAUGAUUGGAUCUGGUCACAGUAUCAUGAAGUGGAGAAGAGCCGUCUCCUCGCGACCUUCCAGGCUGUAAGCAGUCUCCAGCAGGGUGUUGCUUCUUUCGUUGAAGAGCACUUGCAACUGCAUCAAGACCAUCUUGACAGUGACGAGCCUGAAAAAAUACGGUGGCCAACGUCUCCUUUGCCUGAGUGGGUGCCAUGGCUGCAGAUUCUGAGAAGCAAUAUUCAUGAGCAUAUCAACCCCCCGGCAGCCAUGGGCAGUGGCCACCGCAGCCUGUCAGACAAGGCUGCGUGCGAAGUCUUUAAAUGGCAUCUGCAGCACCCAAUCACCUCGGAUUUGUCCCAACACGGGGCCUCUUACAUCGCACAUUGCAGUGACAUGGGAGUGGAGUUGAGUUUGCCAGAUUUUCGCUUGUCAGGAUCCGUAGAGGCCCUGUUGCCAGACUGGCUGCACCGCUUUGUUCCCCCUGACAUUGAUUUAGAUGACAGCGACCAAGCCGUUCCCUGCGCACCAAUGGAUGUUGAAGACAACAUAGAUGGAGAAUUUCUUGAGGACGACGACGUUGAACCUGCAGGCCCCGCUGAGGGUGCAGCUGCACCUGCUCCUCACGAGGCUGGACCAGGUGCCGCCGAGGGCUUUUUCAUGCCUUGUGCCUUCACAAUCGGGGGCCUGCAGCAUGUCGUCAACAAUCUCUGUGCAGAUGUUCAUCAGGGCAUGGGGCAUUGGGCGCAGUUUUACAGCGACUUGAAAGCUGUGGAAGCUCUGCUCCGUGUCGACGAGCGUCGGCAAAGGUUCACUUGGACAUGCCUCCAGGGCACUCCUUUGGAAGGGCAAUCUCAUCGGUUCCAAAGAUUCAAAGGCAGUCUCUACGAGAGUCGCUGGCACGAAGUCCUUGGAUUCUUGAAACAAUUGACGGGGCUACUCCCUACUUUGGCGAGGGCGUGGGACAUGCAGAAGUACAUCCGGGGUGUCAACUUGGAUGGCCAAGCUCGGCCAGCCCAAGCACAAGCUGAGAAUCUGCAAAAUCAACGUCAAGGUCUUUCUGUCUUUGACCCAGCGAAAGUGACAGCAGCUAUUCAAAGUCCGCUAUUCCACAGUUACGCAGCGAUGGCGUUGAAGCUCGAGGAGAUCCCUGAAGCUCUUGCUUCAGCUGCAGAGGCAUGUCCCUGCCAUCGGUCACUGUUUAAACAUCUCAGUGAACACCAUCGCCGCAAAACCCUGGAGAGCCAUCUUGGGCCUGGAUCAGCUGUGUGUCCGAUGGCAGGAAAACUGAUGCCCGAGCUGGUCGCAGGUGAACUUGAAUGUGUCUUCGAAGAUAUCUGUUCGCUGAGGGAGACUGGCCUGUCCUUGCUGCCGCUGCCUGGCCUGAGAUCUUUGACCGGCCAAGAAUGGAACACGUUGAUAUCAGACUUCCGGCAGGGCAAAACGCAAAUGCUUCUCUUGCUUCGAUUGAAGACGGCGUACUUGCAGAAAUUGCCUUGGCUUCUGGCUGGACUGGCGCACCCAAACGAGGCCACUGCGAAAGAAAUUGGUUCCAAAAUCAUUGAGCAAUGGCAGCAGGACCCCAGGCCUGAAGCGCAUCAUCGAAUCACUGUGGACUGCUUGACACGCCCGAUGUUUAUGAAUGCCUUGACCUCCUGGGUUGAGGGUGCAUGCUUCAGCGAUCUUCCAAGCGCUUUUCAGGAACAGGUGGCAGGGUGGAGAUUCGUUCCUGUGGUAGAGACAACCAUAGAAGAGAAGCAUGCACGGGUUUCUUUGGCGAAGAAGCGUCACCAUCUUGGCCCUGUGAGGGUGUCCUUAGCUAACAGGCUCCCGCUUUUCGAGCGGUGGCUGCAGCGAGGUCAUGUUUUGGCGGCUGACUUCUUGAGGUUUUUUACGCAGGCCCGCAGAUUGAGGGCCAUUCCUUCCCUCUUGAGCAUCGAGGUGCUGUACCGAUGCUCUUUGAAAGACAUGUACCAGUCGUUUGCAAGUGUUAGCAAAGAGCACGAGCGUGCCAAGCGUGGAGCUGCGAAGAUGCAAGCGCAGUUGGUGGACAGCGGAGCCAGGCAAGCACUGAGUCUGGAGCGUGUGCUGCGUGUCUCCAUGAUGCAGCACCUCGUCAAGCUGCACAACGACGACGAGCGGACAGUGUUUUACUCCUGCUCACAAAGCUGCCUGGCUUUGCAAUCGGUUGAGUCCGCCUUGAACGAACCGCUUACCAAGAGACAGCGGACGGAUCCUGACGCAGCCGCAGAAGCGGAGUACGACGUGCCCAUGGAUCUGGACAUUGAUGCUCUUGAUGCCGCCCCGGAGCAGCAGGAGCAGCAGACAGUGACGUUUCAGAUCGUUCUGAAAAACCCUUCUGAUAAGAAAACCAUUCGACCGGCAGUGGGAGCUGGCGGAAGAUUGAGCAAGGGCGUCGUUUUGUGUCUGCACAAAGAGCUGAGCCAGGGUGCUCUGCUUGAAGACUCGGCCGUUGUCAGUGGCAAUCCGACCGCAACAGAGGACAUCAGUGGCCAAUUUCUCUUGAGCAGCUUUGUAGGCAAUGUGGAGGAGUUGCAAACGAGUGUGCGAAAAUGGCAGUCGGCAAGUCUUUUGUGGAGCUUCCAAGCCACAGCCUUGCAGCAAGGCGACCACGCGCAAUACCAUGAGCUCUUGGAUGGUAUCAUAGCGGCUGGUGCCUUUGAGAACAAUGAACACAGCUUGGGCUUCACCGCCAGGCAACAGCAACUGCCUUUGCUUCAAGAACUCCAACGGCUGGGCCUGGCUUCGAGCGCUGGGCGUGAAGACAUCCGCUGGCGUUUGACAGAGAGCGGCGUCAGAAAUCUGACUACGUUCGCAAGACUGCAGGAUCCUGUGAGGCUCUUUCAGCCUCGGGAGCUCCCGAAGCUAGAAGAUUGCACGCAGUAUGAGCUUAUACUGGCCAUGCAAGAACAGGGGUGGGAGUGGCAGCUGUGGGUGCCGCCUUCACGCAGGACUCGCAGAAUGGCUGUUGCUGGUCGUACUUUCGAGGAGUACAAGCCUGGAAACCCGAAGGUGUGGUAUUCGAAUGAAAGCCCAUCGCAGUCCUAUCUUCUUGUUCUCUUGCAAGCAGAGCGACUUGUGGCAGCUGGGCUCCCUGCCGUUGCUCACGACCGUGACGACAAAGCUUACAAGGCGAUCCUUCGAGGACGCCUGUUGCGUUUGCUGGUCAUUGCAGGAGAUUUCACCGAGGAGCUUGCGAGACGAGCAGAUAUACCAGCGGAGGUUGAUGCACUCGAAGACUUGGGGGAUGAUGGUUAUGGUGUGGGCGCAGUGCCACGCUUGGAUGAUGAUCCAUCUGAGCCAGUGGCAUUGCGGGCUGAGAAUGAGCCCCCUGAUGAAGCGGCAAUUUCAGAUGACGAGCUUAUUGCUGAGCUGGAGAAGCUCUUGGAAGAUCAAGACCAAGAGAAUUUUCAAGACGUAGAUGCCGAGGUCAAUGGAGACGAAGCUGAACACGUGGUGGUGAGAAAUCCGGAGGAGGGUGGGCUGCCUCGUGACGGCCCUGCAGCCCCUGCGUUUCCAGAGGCAGCUCCAGCAGCGGCUCGCGCUGCGCCGGCCAGAGGACCUCGAGCAGCAGUCCCGCCAGUGGAGGGGCCGGAACUUGAACGUGGUUUUUUUGGGGUAUUCAAGAUCACGAGAAAGAGUCAAGGCUUCGGAGGCUACCAAGCAAAUUGCCCUUUCCACAGAAAGAAUGAUAAAACGGGAUGCAAGCGGUUUUUGUCUGUGCCAGAGAAUACGGAGGAGUCUCGACACUUGACACUUCGCAGGCUCAUGCACUGGUGCACUCUCUGCGCAGAACAUGAUCGACAGCGCUCUCACAUGGCAGUCCCGCUUCCACCGGAAACGUGUCCGUCAUGGGAAGUUCUCAGAGCAAAGCGAGAUCUGAUCCAGAGACCUGACCCUGACACUGUCAGGACCGACGAGCAACUGGAUGCCGAUGCACGAAGGGCUGCUGCUGCGCCGAAAGCAAGGUCCAACCGUGGAGCUGCAAAGGCCAAACCGACACCAAAAGCCAAAGGGAUAGCGAAGACGAAGGCGAAGGCAAAGCCAAAGGCUGCAGCUGCUGCAGUUGUUGCCAAUAGUGACGAUGAAGGCGACGAUGUUGCGGCCAGUGAUCCACCGUCCUCAGCAGACGNNUAG